AUGGUCUUCGUCGACAACAAGCAAGUGUCCAGCAAAGAGGAGGAUCGCCUCAAGGAGGACAACGAUCGGAAGAAGUACUGGAAGAAAUGGGGACCCUACACCGCUGAGCGACAAUGGGCUACCGUUCGCGAGGACUACUCCGCCGAUGGUGAUGCCUGGAGCUCUUUCACCUACGACAUGGCCCGCAGCCGAGCUUUCCGCUGGGGUGAGGACGGUAUCGCUGGUGUUUCGGACACUCACGGCCGCAUGAACAUUGCCUUUGCUUUCUGGAACGAGAAAGACGGCCACCUCAAGGAACGUCUCUUUGGUCUCUCCAACCCUCAAGGUGUUCACGGCGAGAGCAUCAAGGAGUGCCAUUUCCACCUCGACAACACUCCUACCCACUCAUACAUGAAGUUCCUCUACAAGCUUCCCCAAGAAGCUUUCCCAUACGAAGACAUCAUCAAGGAGAAUGCCCGAAGAACGAAGAAAGAGCGAGAGUACAAUUUGAUCGACACUGGCAUUUUCAAGGAUAACAAGUAUUGGGACAUCUUCAUCGAGACUGCAAAGGAGGAUGACAAUCCGGAUGAGCUGUUGUUCCGUGUGACGGCGUACAACCGCGGUCCCGAGCCAGCAAAGUUGCACAUCCUCCCUCAUGUGUGGUUCCGCAAUACGUGGGCAUGGGGACGUGAUUCGUACAAGCCUAGCAUCAAGCAGACUGAUCCUCUCACGUCUCACAUCGAGCACCGCGAGAUUGGAGAGCGCUUCUUCCAGUGCUCGCCUUCGCCCAACAGCUGCGGUAACGAGGCCGAUAUCGAGCCUGAAUUCCUCUUCACCGACAACGACACCAACUUUGUUGACCUCUGGGGAUCAAAGAAGAACCAGACACCAUACGUCAAGGAUGCUUUCCACAAGCGUGUGGUCAAGGGUGACAAGAAGGCUUGUAACCCGGAGAAAGUCGGAACGAAGAGUGCAGCAUGGUAUGCCUUCGAUCAGAACAAGGGUGUAGCUCCUGGCGAGUGCGCCGUCAUUCGUAUGCGAAUCUCCACGAAGAAGGACGAUGGUUAUCUGGAUGAGGAGAAAUUCGAUCAAGUCAUGGAGGACCGUCUUGCCGAAGCGGAUGAGUUCUACUUCAAGAUGAACCCCAUGCCCAUGUCCGACGAUCUCCGCAAUAUUCAACGCCAGGCGCUGUCAGGAAUGAUGUGGUGCAAACAAUACUACCACUUCAUCUGGGAUCAGUGGGCGAAUGGUGACCCAGGCAUGCCACCACCUCCGCCGGAGCGAAAAUCCGUACGCAACGCCCAAUGGAAGCACAUGCAUUUGGAUGAUAUUCUCUCCAUGCCUGACUCCUGGGAGUAUCCGUUCUUCGCUGCAUGGGAUAGUGCCUUUCACUGCAUCCCGCUGUCCAUGAUCGACCCGGCUUUCGCCAAGAAGCAGCUCGAUCUGUUCACGCGCGAGUGGUACAUGCAUCCGAACGGACAACUGCCAGCGUACGAAUGGAAUUUUGGCGAUGUGAAUCCUCCAGUCCACGCUUGGGCGACUUUCCGCACAUUCAAGAUUGAGCGCAAGAUGUACGGUCGUGAGGAUCUCGACUUCCUCGAGCGCGUCUUCCAGAAAUUGCUCAUGAACUUUACCUGGUGGUGCAACCGCAAGGAUUUCGAUGGCAAGAACGUUUUCGAAGGAGGCUUCUUGGGUCUCGACAACAUUGGUCUGUUCAACCGAUCGGAUCCUCUGCCCACUGGAGGUAAGCUGGAGCAGGCCGAUGCCACUGGUUGGAUGGCAUUCUACUGCUUGAGCAUGUUGAACAUUGCGCUUGAGCUUGCCAAGCACCGCCGCAUCUACGAAGACAUUGCGUCCAAAUUCUUCGAGCACUUCGUCCUCAUCUCCGACGCCAUGCAGUACAGGGCCGGCAGUGAGUCGAAGUCUCUGUGGAAUGAUGAGGACGGCUUCUACUACGAUGCGAUCUCCUGGGGUGGUCCAUACUCUCACCAGAUGCCAGUCCGCUCCUUGGUUGGCCUCAUUCCAAUGUACGCCACGCUGACGCUGGAGCCACAAGUCAUUAAUAGAUUCCCGUCAUUCAAGAAGCACAUCGAGUGGUUCUUGAAGAACAAGCACGAGGUGGCAUCUCGCAACAUUGCCAGUAUGACCAAGCGUGGCAAGGACGAUCGGCUGCUGUUGUCUCUGGUCAGCGAAGAUCGUCUCCGAUCGCUUCUCAAGUACAUGUUGGACGAGAAGGAGUUCCUCAGCCCGUAUGGUAUCCGAUCGCUGUCCAAGCACCACAAGGAUCAUCCAGUGUCAAUGGACGUCAACGGUCAAACAUACUCCGUCAGCUACAUUCCCGGCGACUCCGACAGUGGUCUCUUUGGUGGCAACAGCAACUGGCGUGGACCGACCUGGAUUGCCGUCAACUUCUUGCUCAUCGAGUCUCUCCUCCGAUUCUACAUGUUCUACGGCAACACCUUCAAGGUGGAGUGCCCGACUGGCUCCGGCGACUUCAUGCACCUUGGACACGUCGCAGAGGAGGUUCAACACAGACUGCAGCAUUUGAUGGCUGCCGAUCAUACCGGUCGCCGCGCUAUCCACGACGGCAACGAUAUGCUCGACUUUGAUGCUCACUGGAAAGACAAUCUGUGGUUCUACGAAUUCUUUGACGGUGAUUCUGGUCGUGGACUUGGUGCUACUCACCAAUGUGGUUGGACUGGACUCAUGGCCAAGAUCAUUCAAGACACUGGUGUCAACUGCCGCCUCCCUCAAACUCCUCGCUCUCCUUCCGUCGCAGCCGCGCACUACUUCGACGACACCUUCUCCCGCCAACGUCGCGCCUCCCUCGGUCCCCGUCGCCCUACCGGCCUCGCCCGAUCUCUCACACGUACCCGCUCCAUUGGCGCACGCAGCGAUUGGGGCAGCGCAACCGGGGAAACCACACCUGGAGACAACACAGCCGCUCCCACCGAGAAUGGCGAGGACGAUGAUGAUGACGACGGCGAGACUUCAGGUCAAAACGGCAAGCCCGCCCGCCAAUGGACCAUCUACCGCGAGGACGGCGACCCGAACGUCGGCAAGCCAAAACCAGAAGACGACCCAGAUGAUCCAAUCAACCGAUAUGUGCAGGAUCAAUUGGCGCGCAUCAAGAGUCACGAGAGUGCUGAGAUGGCGGAGGAGUUGGCGGCGCAGAAUGAUGGUGCGAAUGAUGAGUUGUGA